CGUUCAUUUCGCUUUGCGCCGGCGAAUCCGAGGAACAGAUUUUCGAGUUUUGCUGAAUUGCUGGGGGAAAAGUGUGCACAGCCGUGAGUGGUGCGAUCCAGUCAAUUGAUAUUGCGAUAAGGAGCGGCGAGCAAAAAAACUACGUAACAUAGCCACCAACGCAACACAUUAAACCCACCAAGAUGAUCAACAUGGACAUUAGCGUUACGCCCAACUACUCGUACAUCUUCGAUUUCGAGAACGACUUUAUACACCAGCGCACACGGAAAUGGAUGCUGGAGAACUGGACAUGGGUGUUCUACUACUGCGGCAUCUACAUGCUGGUCAUAUUCGGUGGUCAGCACUUUAUGCAAAAUCGGCCGAGAUUUCAACUGCGCGGCCCGCUGAUCAUAUGGAACACCUUGCUGGCCAUGUUCAGCAUCAUGGGAGCUGCCCGAACGGCGCCUGAGCUGAUUCAUGUGCUGCGUCACUACGGACUCUUCCACUCCGUCUGCGUGCCCAGCUACAUCGAGCAAGAUCGCGUGUGCGGAUUCUGGACCUGGCUCUUCGUGCUCAGCAAACUGCCGGAGCUGGGCGACACGAUAUUCAUCGUGCUCCGCAAGCAGCCACUCAUCUUCCUGCACUGGUACCACCACAUCACUGUGCUGAUCUACUCGUGGUUCAGCUACACCGAAUACACCAGCUCUGCCCGCUGGUUCAUUGUGAUGAACUACUGCGUGCACUCGGUGAUGUACAGCUACUAUGCGCUGAAGGCGGCUCGCUUCAAUCCCCCCAGGUUCAUCUCGAUGAUCAUUACCUCGCUGCAGCUGACGCAGAUGAUCAUCGGCUGUGCGAUCAACGUGUGGGCCAAUGGCUUCCUGAAGACGCACGGCACCUCAUCCUGCAACAUCUCUCAGCGCAACAUCAACCUGUCGAUCGCCAUGUACUUCAGCUACUUUGUCCUGUUCGCGCGCUUCUUCUACAAGGCGUACCUGGCGCCCGGUGGCCACAAGAGUCGACGCAUGGCCGCCUCCCUCGCAGCCCAAAAUGCUGUCAAGCAGUCAAGCAGCCCCCAGCAGAGCAUGGAGAGCUCCAAGUUCAUCGGCGCUGGAGAGGAUCAGGCCGCCUAUCUGCGCAAAACCAAGGCGCAGUAAGGAGGGAGUUCAGCAAAACCACACCAACUCCCAUUACAACCACUCCCCCCUGUUAACGGCUAAGGACAUUUAUUUAUGUAGCGGUGUACAAGUUGUUUUUUAAUUUUAAACCUGGGUGGCACACUCAAAACACAUAUACACACACGAUAGAAGAUCGGGAAAGAGUUAAAUUUGUAAGCGAAAAGUUGAACCGGAUGAACAGGCAUACAAACUAUAUAUCUGAACAUGUAUAUAAGAAACAGACGAAACUAAGCUAACCAAAAUUCAGAGUCGAGUCAUAAAACGGUAUGUAACUGGGGGCCAGAAGUCUUGUAAACAGUGCAGUGGCAGUUUUGCAAAAUGUGUACGUGUGAAGUUUAGGGACUAAGGACACUAAAUGUGCAGGCAUCAAUUGAAAACUCUGGAAAUGUCCAAAUCUAAGCCAAAGGGAAAUGUUGAAGAUGAGAAAGAGAUUUAGCUGCUUACUAGUUUGCAUGGGUUCAAUUUUAUAGUCACUAUGGAACCUGUUUAUAUGUUCCCAACUACAGCUCUAUGCAAUCCUAAACGUGUGUUGUUAGGCCCAAAGUUGUAUAUGAAUAGAUUAUAUAAUUUGCAGAAUUAUUGACAGCCUUUAAAUUUAUGUUUGUUUUCAACUAGCCUACGAUUUCAGUUCGAUAUUUAUUUGCGUUGUCAGCGACAAUUUGCCUUCUCAGGUGGGAUUUUGAUUUGCCUCCUAAUUUUAGUUAAAAUUCUCAAGAAGGAUCAAAUUCCUGCCUAUAAUUUGUAUAUCAUUCAAUAAGUGAUAUAUACACAACUGGCAUUCUUGGCUUAGAAUUCAAUUUUAGCUGCUGGAAAAAUGUCUGAUAACUUUGUACUUCUAAGUCUAUACGCAUAUAUAUUUAUAAAACCUAUAUUAACGAAAUAUUAAACAAGUGAAACUAGAAGAAACCAUUACCAACCAAUAACAAAACACUAUAAGUUAGUCUAUUGUUCCAAGAUCCAGAGCGCAAAUUGUUAUUGUAAAGUAAUAAAGUGUUUUGAAAUCUGUAUUUAAUAACAAAAUCUGUAAUAGUCAAAUGACGAUUGAUGAAAAUUCUACUGACUGACUAGAUAAAGUGUAUCUAAUCAGUCAGUGUAGUUUUAAAUAAGUGUCAUAAUGCUUAGAAAGGUUCGAUUUUGUUAGGGGCAUUUAUUUAGUUAACUUGUGUUGAAUGCAUUUUAAUAUUACUUCAUUCUCCCUGCUGCUUUUUGGUAAUUUAGAAAAACUACAUAAAGUCCUUGAACGUAACACAACAAACAAAAUAACCAGAGAAAAGUUUAAAUUAUAUUUAUAUUUUUAAGGGAACGGAAAAUGUGUAAGAGUAUAAACAAAGAACAUGAAAAGCAAAAGUCCUACUUGAAAAGUUAAUUUAGUGUAAAACGAGGAAACUGUAACUGAAAUAAAAAACGAUGCAGAACCUGAAA